UGGACCCGCUCCCGGCCGGGCACCGGGGCCGGAGCAGAGCGGGGGAGCCGCGCCCUGAGCCCUCCAAUCGGGGCGGGCCAUGCAAAUGAGAUGCCCUUUUAUGGUACCCGGCCCCGCCCCCUGCCCGCCGUGCCCCAUUGAUGGUGUCGGGGCCGGGAGGCUGCGGCUCCUCCCCGGCGCGGGCUGCCCGCCGCAACGCUCCGGCUCCCUCCCCGCUCCCCUGCCUUCCCCGAGUCAUCCCCAGCCCUUCUUCCCCUUUUUUUUUGUGUUCCCCCCCCGGAUUGGGCAGCAAUCAAUCCUUCUCCCCCUGUCUUUCGAGAAACAGGUGAUCCUCGUUACCCGCGAGCGGUUGCUGGAUGCAGUUUCCUCGCCCGCGUUUGAAUGAUGAUGAUCCCAGGCAAGAGUGAAUCAGCGUAACUUUUGCUCGGCGAGAGGACAAACUUUUUCCCCCUCACUGAAGGCAUUAAAACACACGUAGCACCUAAAAGCAGAAGAAGUUGGUUUUAACGCUGAAGUUCUCCACUUCCCUGGGAUUUGUGUGUGUCACUUGCAGAGGCUGCGUGUUUUUCUUCUCCUCCCGCAUCCCCCCCCAAGGAAACUGUUGCCAGUUGGAAUAGACUUUUUAAAUGUUUGGGAUUCAAGAUACUUUAGGAAGAGGACCAAUUCUGAAAGAUAAAUCUCUAGGUUCUGAAAUGGAUUCCGUCAGGUCCUGGGUCAGAAACGUUGGGGUUGUGGAUGCAAACGUAGCAGCACAAAGCGGAGUAGCUUUGUCCAGAGCUCACUUUGAAAAGCAGCCACCCUCCAACUUGAGGAAAUCCAAUUUCUUCCACUUUGUUCUGGCUCUCUACGACAGACAAGGGCAGCCUGUGGAAAUAGAGAGGACAGCUUUUGUGGACUUUGUAGAAAACGAUAAAGAGCAAGGCAAUGAAAAGACAAACAAUGGCACACAUUACAAACUCCAACUCCUUUAUAGCAAUGGUGUCAGGACUGAACAGGAUCUAUAUGUUAGACUCAUUGAUUCAGUCACUAAGCAGCCCAUAACUUACGAAGGACAGAACAAGAAUCCUGAAAUGUGCAGAGUUUUGCUCACUCAUGAAGUCAUGUGCAGUCGGUGCUGUGAGAAGAAAAGUUGUGGCAACAGAAAUGAGACUCCGUCUGACCCCGUGAUCAUUGACAGAUUCUUCUUAAAAUUUUUUCUCAAGUGCAAUCAGAAUUGUUUGAAAACAGCAGGAAACCCAAGAGAUAUGAGGCGGUUCCAGGUUGUGCUAUCAACAACAGUGAACGUAGAUGGGCACGUACUGGCAGUGUCUGACAACAUGUUCGUUCACAACAACUCCAAGCACGGGCGGAGAGCAAGGAGACUUGACCCCUCUGAAGCCACACCGUGCAUCAAAGCAAUCAGCCCGAGUGAAGGCUGGACAACAGGAGGAGCAAUGGUGAUCAUUAUUGGAGACAACUUCUUUGAUGGGCUGCAAGUAGUAUUUGGAACCAUGCUCGUCUGGAGUGAGCUUAUCACACCUCAUGCCAUUCGAGUUCAGACACCUCCACGUCACAUUCCUGGAGUGGUUGAAGUGACAUUAUCAUACAAAUCCAAACAGUUUUGCAAAGGCGCCCCAGGCAGGUUUAUUUACACAGCUUUAAAUGAACCUACCAUAGAUUAUGGUUUCCAAAGACUGCAGAAGGUCAUCCCAAGACAUCCAGGUGACCCUGAAAGACUAGCUAAGGAAAUGCUAUUGAAACGAGCUGCUGACCUAGUUGAAGCACUGUAUGGCACGCCGCAUAACAACCAGGACAUCAUCCUGAAACGAGCUGCAGACAUCGCAGAAGCCCUCUAUAGUGUACCGAGGAAUCCCGCACAGAUCCCCGCACUGUCCAGCUCCCCGGCUCACAGCAGUAUGAUGGGAAUUAACUCCUAUGGCAGCCAGUUAGGCGUCAGCAUUUCAGAGUCAGCACAGGGGAACAACCAAGGUUACAUUCGUAAUACAAGCAGCAUCUCACCCCGUGGUUACUCAUCCAGCUCCACGCCUCAGCAGUCCAACUACAGCACUUCCAGCAAUAGUAUGAAUGGCUACAGCAAUGUCCCCAUGUCCAACCUGGGUGUUCCAGGCUCACCUGGGUUCAUUAACGGCUCUCCAACAGGAUCCCCUUACGGAAUAAUGUCUUCAAGUCCAACAGUUGGCUCCUCCAGCACUUCUUCCAUCCUUCCAUUCUCCUCUUCCGUCUUUCCUGCUGUCAAACAGAAGAGUGCCUUUGCUCCCGUCAUCAGACCCCAAGGGUCUCCUUCUCCUGCCUGCUCUAGUGGCAAUGGAAAUGGGUUUAGAGGAAAUCUCCUUGUAUAUCAACACUGUGAUAAAUAAAUACAGUAAUAUAGGUACAACUGUCAUUUAAAUAAGCUUUCUGCAGACACCGCACCUAGUACAAUGAGACUUGUCAGUCAGGCAGCAACAACAAACAGCAGCUGUGACUCACCGCACAGACAGUAGUUGAACACGUCUGCCCAAGGUUCAUUAUGCCAGAUCUUCAUUGCUAUUUAACUAUUUCAGCCAUAGAUGUAAAUUUUUUCCAACUGAAAUAUUUAAAUUGAUGCAAGCUGGGGAGCACAUGCUUUGGAAAGGAUCCAGAUCCACGCAGCCUGAUAUCCAAAUUAACGUUCCCACAGUGUUGACAGACAGAUGUGGCCAGAAAGUCAACAGGAGGGUCCCAAAGAGGCUUCUUGAAUGGACUUACUGUGCUGCAGCAAUGGGAGACUGUUAAUCU